AUGAUGCUGACGAGUAAUCAAGUAUUGGAUAAAAUUCUUGAAUCUUUAAAUGCCAAUCAAAGAAAAGCUGUUACUGCUCCAUGUAAUGGAAGAUUACAAAUCAUUGCUGGUCCAGGUACUGGUAAAACCAAAGUUUUAAUAUCUCGUGUUGCUUAUUUAUUAAUAUCUGAAAACAUUCGACCUGAUAAUAUGAUUGUUACUACAUUUACUAAAAGGGCUGCUAAUGAAAUGAUAGAAAGAUUAACCAAAUUAGUAGAAGGUACGGAUAUAAAUAUUGAUAAGUUAAUUAUUGGUACUUUCCAUAGUAUAUGUUUUCGAAUAAUUAAGAAAUAUGGGAAAUUAAUAGAUUUAGAAAACUAUACCAUUGCUGAUGAAAGAGAUAAAUCUUAUAUAUUGAAAACUAUGUUGACAAAUUUAUCUGCUAAAGAUAUUGAAAGAUUGGAUAGUUUUGGUGAAGAGUCAUUACAAAAACUUCGUUCUCAUAAAGCUAAUGAAAAAUAUCAUGGUCUUGAUCUAUCGGUUAUUCUGAAAAAAAUUUCUAGUUUGAAAUCAAAUUGUAUUUCCCAUGAUGUGUAUUCUGGGAAACUGAAAAGAAAUCCAGCACUUGCGUUCUUUUAUGAAAAAUAUCAAGCAUUAUUAACUGACCUUAAAAAAUUAGAUUUCGAUGAUUGUUUGCUUGAAUGUCAUAGGUUGGUGGAAAAUUUCCCUGUAUUGAAUUAUAUUAAACAUGUUUUGGUUGAUGAAUUUCAAGAUACUAAUGAAAUCCAAUUACGGUUAAUGUAUCAUUUUGCCAAGGGGAACACUAAUGGUGAUCCAAAGUAUCAAAAUAAUGUAACUAUAGUGGGAGACCCUGAUCAAGGUAUUUAUGCCUUUAGAGAUGCCCAAUCAAUUAAUUUUGAAAAAAUGUCAACUUAUUAUACCAAGCUAAAUCUAAGUUUGGAUAAGAUAUCUUUAAAUGAAAAUUAUCGAUCAACGUCUAGUAUUUUAAAUAUAUCUGAAUCACUCAUGAAUCAACAAAAAGGUAGAAUGCCCAAAAUGUUGAAAUCUCAAUUAGAUUCUUCUAUCAAACCAGUUUAUUCUUGUUUAAAUUCAGCAAAGGAAGAAGCCAAAUGGAUUGUAUACCAAAUUUCUCAUUUGUUGUCGCUCCCAAACUCAGCAGUACAGGAGAAGGAUAUUGCUGUGUUAUUUCGUGCUGCCUAUCAAAGUAGAGCUUUGGAAGAUGAAUUAGUUAAACGAGGACUUUCAUAUAAAAUGAUUCGUGGGAAAGCCUUUUGGGAUAGACAAGAAGUUAUUGCCAUUAUGGAUUAUAUGAAAGUUUGUUCUGAUGAAUAUGAACAAGCAGCAGUUAUAAGAACUUUGAAUUAUCCUAAAAGAGGGAUAGGUUCAAAGACGUUAGAAAACAUAGAGAAAAUUAUUGAGAAAAGAGUUAAACAAGGCAAAUCAGUACAUCAAUGUUUAUUGGCAAUGACUAAGAAGUCCGAGGAACCAGAGAUAAAAUUGACUAAAAAACAAAUACAAGGUGUAGAAGAGUAUUAUACAAUGAUAACUAAAGUCAAGAAGAAAUUAUAUGAGAUGGAAGCACUUUCUGGCGAAGACAUGACGAACACAGCAAAAGAAUUGUUUGAUUUGAUUUAUGAAAGCUCGAAAUUGAAACAAGAGUUUGAAAAUGAUGAAGAACGGAGCAAACGAUUGAAUGUUGAAGAAGUAGGGAAUUUAUUAGUUCAGUUUAAACCAAAAGAUGAAAUUCUACCUGAUUAUAUUGGUGGUGAUAUUGAAGAUGAUGAUGCUGUUGAUGAAGGUGAUCGUAAUUUCCUUGCUCAAUUUAUUGAAUCUGUGGGAUUAUACGAAACAAAUGAUGAAGUUGAAAAAAAUGGAUCUGAAAGUACUGGGGAUGAUACCGCCAAGGAAGAGAAACUGUGUAUUUCUUUGAGUACGAUUCAUGGAUCCAAAGGGCUCGAAUGGCCCGUGGUUUUUGUACAGGGGUUAACUGACGGAUUAUUACCAGCUGGUUUCCUGUUUAGAAAUAGUUUUGGAGAUAAUGAUGAAAAUUUGAAUGAAGAGAGAAGAUGUUUUUAUGUGGCUGUCACUAGGGCCAAAGUUUUAUUGUACAUUUCAUCUUAUAUUGAAAGUCAAUCAAACGUUUUUUAUGGUGAAGCAUUGAAUCAAGAAUCCAGAUUUAUGGAGCCAUUGAAAAAGAAUUUGGCUCGUACUCAAUUGGCAUUCUCUAAUGUGAACAAUUUGCGAGUAUUGUAUAAAUUAUUGGGUAAACAGUUCCCAACAGGAAACCUCAAUUGGACUCGGUUUUAUGAAACCUACAAGAAAAGUUUUAGGCGAUUUGUUAGUGGAGAGCCUAUGGUAUUUUCAGUGGGUACAGAAGAAGAAGAUAAGCCAAGUAAAAGUAUUGGUAAUUCUGGGUUUCUGAGUGCACAAUCUUUAAUGAAUGGUUUCCUGAGUGUACAGUCUAUUAGGAAUGGUACUAACAAUAAGAAUAAUAAGGUUGCCACCUUUAUUUCAAAUUCUAAAACAGUAAAUCGUGCUCCUCCUUAUAUUCCUGAGAGACGUCUGAAAAAACCUAAAAAGAUGAUAUAG